AACGACAUGAGGAUUCUCUAUCUCCACGGCAUGGAGGUUUGUACAUAUGAUCUGCCUCAGCUGAUGCACUGCACCAGUAUCACAAUUCAUGGAUGCAUUCUCUUUCCUUGUCCUUAGGAUGGUCCCAGCGGCAGAAGGCCAACUCUCCUCCGGCAGCUGGGCUAUGAUGUGGACGCGCCUGAUCUGGGACUGAGCCGUUUCUUCGAUCUCAAGCGCUGCCGCACGCUGCAGGUGACGGCGGUGUUGCUGGCGGUGUCGUUCAUCGGGGUCGUGGCGUCCACGUGGACCCUCUCCUUGCGACUGAAGCUCACCGUCUACCGGGCAUAUGUGUGGAUGGUAUGGUGGUCCUGCCAGCGAGUGAGCGCUUUUCUGGUGCGGUCCAUGGUGUCGGCUGCCACUCGCAUCGCCCAGGAGACCUUCCAAACGCACCAGCACGACGUCAUCAUCGCCAGCUCGUUUGGUAGGAGCGUCAACGGACGUGGGACUGUGAUGAGAUGGGGAGUCGGCAUUGAUUUUGCUCUUGUUGAAUGCUCAGGUGGCGCGGUGCUGCUGUACGGCAAAGCUGCUGGAUGCUUCGCGGGCAGUGCCAACAUUCUCUUCUCCCCAUCUCAGGGCGUCGUGGGCCCCCUCCUCCACUCGAGCGCAGCAGACAUGAUAGGUACGCGAAAGGCACUGCACGGCCGCGGCUCGGCACGCGCAAGGAAGUCAGGUGUGAGCGUGUACAGUGUAUGUAUGUAUGGGUGGUUUCGUGCCGUGCAGGCCUCCCGCCCUCAGAGGGUACCCUCGUCGUGCACGCAUCGAAAGACGAAACCGUCCCUGUGGAACACUCACUCAAGUCAGCAGCAAACCUUCACCAAUCGCAUCGCAUCCCUCGCCCCACGCCCCUCUCCAUCUGUUCGUGUGGGUGUGUGGUGUGUGUGAUUCCCAGGUUGAUAACGUCCAUGGAGGAGUCUUGCCGUCGCAUCGAGAUCUGCAAGCUGUCCAGCGAGUCAGCAGGGGACCCCACAGCCCCACCGGGUGCUGUCAGCGACGAUAGGGCGGGUGCCAAGGGCAGAGAGGACGGCGCCGAGCUGCAUCAAGGUGGAGGCGGUGCCAAGAGGGACGCGUCGGGUGUGCCUUACGACGAGUAUGAGAUAGUUGACGCGAGCGCGCCGCCGAGGGAGGGGGUGGUCGCCAGGCUGGAGAUGGUUACACACGACGGCCACUCACUACGACACACGGUAGGCAGGAAGGCGAACCGACGACAAAGAGAAAAGACCCAUUUGAUUGAUGCGUGCGUGUGUGUGUGUGUGUGUGUGUCCAGUACACGCCCGACAACAUCCUGUUGUGGCUGUCGACAGUGCGGCACCUCCAUUGCAAUGCGCUGGGCCUCACCGACACCAGUGGGCCGCAGCGGACGGCCACCGCGUCACGGACCACCACCACAGAGGUGACCGAUAGCCAGGAGGGCGGCGAGCAGCGUACGGGCCAAAGCUUGCUGCGGCAUAGGAGGAGGGGGAAAGGAGCUUAGGGAGGGAGCAAUACAGACCAAUAGAGAGAUAGAUGGUUCGGGACGCGGCAGCAGGCAGAGUUCUGUGCGAGCCCCGACAAUCACAUGCC